AUGGGAACGCAAAGGUUGCGAAUACCUUUGUUCCGCGAAUUGUUUGACGAGGUUGAAUCACCGACAUCUCGCGAAACUUACAAUAUCGAAGGCAGAAUCACCAGCAUCAGAAAAGUCGGGAAGAAAUUGUACUUUAUUGACGUGAUUCAGGAUGGUGCGCGACUACAAAUCAUGGUAUCUAAUAAACUGGUCGAUAUGGACGAGGACGAAUUCGACAAGGAGCAUUCUUGGUUCAAAGAAGGGGACCACAUCAGCUGCAAUGGGUACGCCUCGAGAACGAAAGCAGGCGAGUUGACCUUAAAAGUCAACUCCCCGAUUCAAAUUUUAAGUCCUGCGUUGAACGCAAUACCAAACAAGCUAACCGACAAGGGGAUCAUCAACCAGAAUCGAGUCAUGAACUAUUUGGUGAACCCCGUUUCCAAGAGGCCCAUCAUUGUUAAAUCCACCGUCAUCCAGACUUUGAGGCGGUUUUUCCUCAAUAAAGGAUUCCUCGAGGUGCAGACCCCCAUCCUAAGCAGCUCGGGAACCGGUGCCAAUGCACGCCCAUUCCAGACCACCUUCAAAGACGAACUUGUGCAAUUGCGCGUUGCGCCUGAACUUUGGUUGAAAAAACUCGUGAUUGGCGGCUUUGACAAGAUCUUUGAGAUUGGAACCAACUUUAGGAACGAAGGCAUCGACCAAUCGCACAACCCCGAGUUUACCUCGUGCGAGUUCUACCAGACGCAUACAAGCCUCGAGGAACUCAUGGAUAUGACAGAAGAGUUGUUCCAGGAAUUGUUUGAUGUCUUCCACGUCUCCAACGGCGAAAACACGAAUGGCGCCACGAGUUUCCCAAAGUAUGACUUUUUACCGACACUAGAGCAAAUCACCGGGCGCAAGCUAGACGAUGUGUCCUUGGACGGCUUAAUCAACUACCAUCGGGAACUUGGCCUUGAAAUACCGAGCCUGUGCGCCCCCAACCCCACCAAAUUGUUGAAUAACUUGUGUGAAACGUAUUUGGAGUCAUUGAGCAUAACCCGUCACCCCAACACUCCCGUCAUGAUAUACAACCACCCAGAGAUACUUUCUCCGCUUGCCAAAUCGAAAUUGAGCAACGGGAGCAGCAGCAUACCAGUGUCGUUGAGGUUUGAGUUGUUUAUCGACGGCAAGGAGUACGUAAACGCAUAUGAAGAGGAAAAUGAUCCUGAGCGCCAGUUGCAAAAAUUCAAACAACAGCAGUUGAACGGAGAGACUUAUGGUGACGACGAGAUGUUGAUCCCGGAUUGGGAGUAUGUCAAGACUAUGCAGUUGGGCUUGCCCCCAACCGGAGGAUGGGGGUGCGGCAUUGACCGUUUGGCCAUGUUCUUUUCGGACUCGGAAAGAAUUGACCAGGUGUUGCCCUUUGGAAAUUUGAGAGACACCUUGAAGCAGUAG